AUGAAAUCAAGGACAUCGACGACGAGUUCACAGACACUCUUCUUGUCCUACGUCAGUCCAACCCAUCUUCUGAUGUUGGUACCUACUCCAAAUCGCUUCAAUUUAAUGCAGGUUGCAGUUUCAGACGUGGUGAUCAACGUGCACAGCGGCGUGCUUCGUGUGGCGUCUCCUUUCUUUAUGCGUGCUUUCAACGACUUACAGUGCACAGAGCAGAAGGGAGCAGGUACCCAGGGCGCCAACAGCGGCCAACGCCCUAAGCUGAAGUACACUCUAGUGACUCAACAUCCAUACGCCGUACAGCGGAUUCUCUACUACAUUUACAAGAAUGAUUACCAGAACGUGACUGAGGAGCCUAAGCUGCUGGUGCCCAUAUACCAGGAGUCGGCGCGGUUUGGUCUUGGAGACCUAAAGCAAAGCGUGCUGCGUCUCAUUCGCAACCAACACAAUAUCGAGGUACUUGCGAACCUAUCAUAUGCCGCAGACAGUUCCGGUGAAGUCGAGCUGGCACGUGACUGCGGUAGGGUUCUCGCCGACGCUGCGUUUGCAGUCUUUUCCUGUGACCUGUUGAGACGUAUGGGCCUAACGGCAGUCAAAGCACUGGUAGAAAGUGAUAAUGUACAGCUGGAUGAAAUCCAAACAUUCACUGCGCUCUGCCGAUUCCUGGAUCACAGCGAGCACUUUGCGAGCCCCUAUGCCUCCUCCGCAAUUCGACCCAAAGAGAAGGACUUGCUCACACAUAUACGGUUCUGUUCCAUGUCACCUAGGGCCAUUGACCAGCUCAGACACGACAAUCUAAGCCCAAUGCUGCUAGACGCUGUGCUGCGCAUACUCCAGGGUACACACAAACGUCCUCGUCACUUCCCAUGGACCGAUAACAGUGACUACACCUGCAUGACAUACAACGGGUUGUUCCCUGUUUUGGUAGUGCGUGCCUCCAAGAAUCAACUCGCCCUUUUUGACCCCAACAGCGGGAACGCCAAACUGGUCACACCUCACAUCAACAAGAAACCCACGAAUGCCGCACGUGGUAUGACCUACACUUUGGGAACUGAGCGGGAGAUGAGCAUCUGCUGGUGGGCCUAUGAGGUGUCAAAGACAGAGGGAGGCAACAUCGCAUUUGGCAUAGCAUUCAUAUCGCAGGACCCGAUAGACGACGCAUCUCGUUCAUGCUUCCUGUCUAUGCCGAGGUCCAGAAGGGUCGUGUUCUAUUACGAUUUCUCUGAGGACACCUUCAAAUCUGGCUAUGUGGAUGCUGCCAACCACAGACACCUGAAAUCCGCAUGGGCCUACCAGUCGCAGACCAACAAACCCAUACGCAACCUGAAGCAGCGUGACAUAGUCACGGUCAACGUCGUUGUUGCCACCAGUAGCAUCACUUUGACCGUCGGUGUCAUGGACACUGGAAUGACACGCUCUUUCCAGAUACCGCAUCGCGCCAGUGGCGUCUUGGGUAAUGUGAUAAAGAGGCCGUCCAUAAUGGGUGCGCCCUUCGUCAUGCUCCAUGAUAUCGGAGAUUCGCUCUCCAUUCCCGAGCUAAGGGCUGACCUUAAGCUUUAA